AUGGGGAUCCGGGAGAUGGAGCCCGAGGAACGAACAAAUUCCCCGGGGCACAGCUGCGUGGAGUGGCUCCAGAAAUAUGUCAGAUAUGGGCGGGAGGAGCUGCAGUGUAAAGAGCCCCCUGAUGUCCGUGUGUCCCGAAAAAUGGAACACGGGAUCCUGACACUGUCCUGCCGCGCAUACAGAUUCUACCCCUGCACCAUUGGGACCAGCUGGAUGAAGGGGAUGAAAUCCCGGAUCGUUCCACACCUGGGCAGGAUCGAAGCGCUGCUGGAGGAGCAGGAGCAGCCCCUGCGCCGGGCGGAGCAUCCCGGAAUGCCAGAGCCUGGGAUCUGCUCCUGGGCUGAGGCUGGGAACAUGGAAUGUGGGAACUGGGAAUUUGGGACUGUGGAGCAGUGGGAUGGGGGUUCCCCUCCCCUCCUCACCAUGCCGUGCUUCCCAGAGCUGGAAUCCAGCAGGAAUCUCACCCUGGUGGUCGCUGUGUCUGUCAGUGCUGCCAUCAGCAUUGUUAUCCUCAUUGGAUUUGGUGUCUGGAAGCUCCAAUCUGGUUCGCUCCAAACCCAACCUGGGGGUCACCCUGUUCUUCUCCCCUUCCCAGACACUUGGAGAUCCCCCCAUGACCCAUCCAUCCCCACCAAACUCCUCCUUGGGUCACCCCUAAGUCCCCAGUGGGGAUUUCUGUGAGUUCCCCUGUGUUCCCCCAUUCCCAGGACUUUGGGGGUCCCCCCCAACCUGUCUGUGCCCCCCCUGAUUUCUUCCACAGCCCCUCUGUGAUGGUGGGGGCUGGGGUCCAAGUGCUGGUACUCCCUGCCUGCAGCAGAUCCAGCACUGAGGGGAGUCCCUUAGCAUUUGGGGUCCCCUGGGGUUAGGGGUCACCCAGGAUCUCCCUGGACACGCUGACACUGCCCAUGCUCAGUGAGAAGGUUCAUUCCCAGCACGAGGCCUCAGCUGUGUCACUGGCAUUGCCCAGGUACCCAGAAAGCCUCCCGGGAACCCCAAACCCUCUGGAACAUCCCAGCUUCCCUGGGACCCCAAUAUCAUCCCUAGCUUCUCCAAAAGCUCCCCAAGACUGCAAAACCCCAUACAGACCCCCCCAAACCUUCUCAGGACAUCAAAAUUCCCACAGGACGUCCCAACACCCCUCCAGACCCCCUUGAGAAGGUUCAUACCUGGCAUGGGAUCCCCAUCUCCGUCGCCAGCAGGUAUCCCAAAACAGCCUUGCGUUCCCCUUGGGAUCGCCUAAUCCCCCCCUCUGGGACCCCUGAAAACUCCCUUUGGGAACCCCCAAAACUCCACCAUGACCUCAAAAACCCCCAGUAUACACAAACCCCCCUGGGAACCCCUCACAACAGUUUAUGCCCAGCACAGAGUCCCCAUCACCAUCACCCAGGUACCCCCAAACCCUCCUGGGACCCCCAAACCCCCCUGGGACCCCCAACCUUCCCAGGAUGUCCAACCCCUCCCUGGGCUCCGCUGUCGGAAUCAACGGGAGUGGUGUUGCCCUUUUAAGGGGACUUAUAGUAGGACCUGACCAUAGCAGGAGCCCUUAAAGCAGCGAUGGUAGAGAGAACCCCAAAAAUCCACCCUGGGGGGCAAAACGUCCCCUACUGGAGCUUGGAAUGGGGGUGGGGUCCCUUAAAAAUGUCACUUAAAGCUGUCAUGAUCCCCCCCUUAAAAGGGGCUUGUGGGGCUGCGUCCUCUCAAGCACCCUAAAAUGGGGUGGAAAAAACACCCUAGUAGUGUUGAGAUCCCCCCAGAAAAAUCCUAAAAAUGUCCCCUUCAAAGGGGUCUGAAGAGCCUUAAAGGGUCUCAAGG